ACCUGUAUUCAAUCUUAGAGUUUCGACUCGUUUCCGUUCGGUCGGUGACGGUCGAACAGCGAACUUCGAAUGAAACGAAUGAAAGGAACAAGCGGCGAGAAUGGCAUUUCUGUGUGAAAUUUUGUUAGUUUUUGUCUGAUCAAGUGGAUUUUUCUCACAAUAGUGAGCUUAACCGGCAUCCCUUUAAAUAUUUGUGAAUUAAUUAUAUGCCAAGUGUUACGAUAGUGAUGUAUAUAUGUUGUAAAAAUGCGUUGGUGUUAUAAAAAAUGUGAGUGACUCGGGGUGGUAUCCAGGUAUCGUUUCGUACAAUAAUGGACUGACUUCCCGCUAACAUUGGAAUUUAAAACAUUUGAUCUAUCAGUAAUGGAUGAGGGUCUUCUGAAUGAUCUCCUCGAGUGUUCGGUGUGUCUGGAGAGACUAGACACCUCGUCACGAGUAUUGCCAUGUCAGCACACAUUCUGCCUGAAAUGUUUGAAGGUGAUAGUAGAGUCUCACAAGGAGCUGCGUUGUCCAGAAUGCCGCGUGCUGGUGGAGGCUCGGGUGGAGGAGCUGCCUCCGAACGUGCUGCUGAUGAGGAUCCUCGAGGGCAUGAAGAACGCACCAAGGAAAACCAGCUCGGCCAGAAAUAAGGGCACACACGCACAGGCUGCGUCAGUAGUACAUCAGUCAGCCCGUGCGAACAGACAGCCCCCGCCCCACGGCCGUGCUCUAUAUGAUUUCGUCUCAAAAGAACCAGGUGAUCUGUCAUUCAAGAAAGGCGAGACUAUAUUGCUUCAGAAGAAGUUGGAUACGUUCUGGUACCACGGGGAAUGUUCUGGAAGGACUGGCAUGUUCCCUAUUACAUAUGUACAGGUGGUGGUACCACUCCCGGUACCGUCGGCGCUGUGCAAGGCUCUCUACGACUUCCGGAUGUCGGCUCCCGACGAAGAAGGCUGUCUGGCCUUCGAUAAAGGUGCAAUAAUAACAGUUCAUCGAAGAGUUGAUGAGAACUGGGCUGAAGGUAGACUGGAACAGAGGGUCGGCAUCUUCCCUAUAGCUUUUGUAGAACUGAAUCACGCGGCCAGGCUCCUUAUGAACAACACUUCAUUGAACCGGCCUGUUCCUCCUAUCCCUGAUCACUCCAGGGCUGGACACUCUGAACACAGAUACCAUCAUCCGCACAGAUAUCAGCAGAUGACGAUGUCGACACCGACGGCGGCUGGUCAAGGGAACUAUCAGAAUAUAGCUACCAUGAGUCAAUCCCAUCCCAACUACCAUCAAGCCAUGGCACAGCAAUCUAUCCUCGUACCACAGCAAGUGAACCAAGUGAGCAACAUCGGCCUGAUCUCCGCAGUACCCAGGAACAUCAUAGAACAGACAAAGAACCCCAUAGACAUGAUAAACCAUUUCAUCAACAUGAGCAAACCCCACCAGACCAUACAAGUCCAAAGUGUACCGCGUAUAGGUGAGAACUACGAUAGACUGCGAGCGGCGAAAUUUGAUAACUACGUGAACCCGAAAAUGGAAAUGACGUAUCAGAAUGUUAGGGCGGAACAGUUUCCGGUGGCAAGUUUCAAUAACGUCAGCUCCGAUUCGAGUUCCAGUGUCACACCGUCUGGUAACGUUGGCGGCAGUUCGACGAACACACCGAACACGAGCUCGAACACCAGCACCUGUGAGAGCGCCGAACCGAGUCUGCCGAGCUCGCCGGACAAUAACACAGAGCGGAAUUCAACCGUAACACCAUGUAAUAACGGCCAAAAUGAAACUAACGAAACUCAGGAUUCACUAAACGCUUCCAUUGGAGUGCUGAGUCUGAACGAAAGUUCCACAGCGACUAAUACGUCGCUGAAUGUCAGCCUGCCUUCAGAGGGUCCACAGUCGACUGCAUGCAAUGGGAGUAAUUCAUUGCCAAAUCAAGUCGAAAACCACGAGGCUGCCAGCAAUAAUGAACCUUCGAGACUAGAAAUUCCAUCGUCGUCGAAAAAUAUUCAGACUCGGUCUAGCGGUCCAGACUCCUUACUUACUUUCGGUCUAGGUCUGCAAGCCGCCUUAUCCCCGUCCCAUAAGGAAGGAAACCACAUGGUCAGAGGACACCAUAAAGAGAGGGAAAAGAGACACAGUUUGACCCCAUCGUCACAUUUACAAGGGAACCAUACACCAAACAGGCAUUCAGCUGAGAUUCUAGCUACGAGUCUUCUAGAUACAACGGAACGAGAGAGGCCGGAGAGAGAUAGAGAUAGAACAGAGAGAGAAAGAGAGAGACGGAGACGAAGAUCUAGAAGCAACGAGCGUCCCCUACCCGCCGCCUACAUAGCGCUAUACCCUUACAAGCCGCAGAAACCGGACGAAUUAGAGUUAAAGAAAGGAGGUAUAUAUACUGUAUCGGAACGUUGUCGCGACGGGUGGUACAAAGGUUGCUGCGAGCGAUCCUGUCGUGGGGGCGUGUUCCCCGGGAACUAUGUGGCUCCGCUGGCUGCCACUACCACCACCCCCACCACCACACGACCCCGACAUGAGAAGUCUGUGACGUCAUCGGCGAAACCAGCGCCGUGUUCUCAAGGCCCCUCCAAUGUCUUGGCACCGCCUGACGCUCCACCACGCGCUACAAGCCCUACAAUCACCGGACAACCUUUAACAUACCCAUGGAGCUCACCCAUACAACAUCAACAGAACACUCCCAGAGCUGAUAAGUCGAAAGAGAAAUCGAAGGCCGAGAAAUCUUUAUCAACCGGCGUUUCUCUAAUGAAGAGGCUCACGGCUAUGAAGAAAUGUAAAUCUCCUCCGCCAGUAGGGUACAGCAUGGACAAUCCCGUGUUUGACGACGGCCCGGGGACCUCGCUGAUGCCGCAUCCCGUGCAUGUUCGGUCGGGGUCGUGCCCCUCGCAGCUGUUGAGAGCUCUGCCCGCCGCCCGUCUACGGCACGAUCGACUACACAGCCGCGGUUCGGGCGACGCGGAGUGGGGACACCGCAAGUCGGCGUCACUGGACGUGUCGCGGCGGGAAAGACACGCGCCAGUUAAAGAAAAAUUUCGCUGUAUUGUUCCGUAUCCACCGAAUUCUGAAUACGAAUUGGAGUUGAAGGUUGAUGAUAUAGUGUUGGUGUCUAAGAAGAGGGGUGACGGGUGGUACAAGGGUACUUUACAACGUACGGGUCGGACAGGAUUAUUCCCGGCAUCUUUCGUACAAAGCUGUCCCCCGGAUUGAUGUUAAACGCACGACCAAGGUUAGACAUUUUUAUAAAUUUAAACAGUCGUUUUAGUUAGAUAAAUGCAACUGGAAUUAAAUUUAAACAGUUUAAAUGUAUUCUGCCAUUUUAAAGUGAUUUUAUAAUGUCGUAUAACUUAGUAUAAAGUUAUAUAUAUCCUGUAAAUCUUAAUCCGUAUUGUGUCUGGUUUUAGAUUGUAUUGAUAAUGUAUAGGUAUGUGUUAAGUAGUAUUAGGUGUACAUUGUCUGUUACGAUAUAAAUUAUAUUAUUGGACCAUUGAAUUGAAUAAAAUAAUGUUUUAAGAGUAUAUGACUAUAGUGGUGCCAUCAGAAACAACCACCAGAUAGACGAAAAUUUAAAUAUAUAUACAUUAAAACUGUCCUUAUAAUGAAUGAUUUAAAAUGAUGUUUUAGACAAAUUUACAAUGGUUGAAUUAAGUAAAAAUAAAGCUGUUUUUAAAAUCAAAUGUACCUAUUUUAUGUUUAAAAAAAAAAAAUAUAUAAUCAAAAUUGAUAUUCAAUUGAUUAGAUAUCGCAAUUAUAUGUUCAAUUGUUUUUGUUAAUAUUUUCUGUAUAUCACAUUCUUAUUAAAAAAAAAAAUUGAAAUGUUACGUAAAAUUAAAAUUAUCAAAAAAAUUAAUAAUUUAAAAUAUCCAGAAGUCUAAUGGUCCUUGUAAUUAUAUAAAUAUAUUUUAAUACUUAGGUAAUUAUUGUGGUUUCCGUAUAUCUUUAUGCUGAAUUAUUUGUAUAGGACCAAAUACGCUUAUUAUGUUAGUUUAGUUAUAACGCCUGUGUUCCAAUUGCUAUGAAGUUAUUUACUAUCGGUACACUUAAAAGUAUGCACUCGCAUCAUUGAAUUAAAACAGACAGUUUAUCAGUUUGCUAUCACUUGAAAGUAUUAUGAAGGUAAAACUGGACACCGUUUGUAGUUCAUUGAUGCUAACCAGAUAAAAGGUAUUUAUUUUGUUUAAUAAAUUAUGUAUAUAUAUUAUAAUAAUGGUAGUUUGUAUGUGACAAAUUAUGUAGGUGUUUGGAAUACAGGUAGGUCGCCCGAUAUCCAUUUAUAACUGCCAUAUUAUGAAAUUCAUUUUUCAAUAACAAAUUUCUUAUAUGUAGUAUGGAAUUGUGAAAGUUUUUUUUAUAAUUUCUCUCUCUUGUUUCUAAUUUUUAGAUUAAUUUUUUUAGCCGACGUAAUGUUAGUAUAGGGAUUUAGACAUUUUAAAAAAUUUUCUUACGGUAUAUCUUUGAUGUAGCUGUUGUAUGUAAUAAGGGCGUUUAUUAAGACUGUAUAUUUGUCUGUAUGUGUAUAAUUAAUAUUUUUCAUUAACCUAGUUAUCUAUGUAAGACGUUACUGAUGUAAUUUUGACACUAACUUAUAUUUACUCAGUCUCAAAUUUAUACUCAUUUUUGUUUUUGUAUUAAUAAUUGUAAUCUUAACGGGACUUUUUUUUUAUAAUGACUAUGUAUUUUAUAUAAAAUGCUCAAAAAAUUAUCUAUUAAUACUAUGAUUGUGGAUGUAUGUAUGUGUAACAUUAUUUUACUAACUCCUAAACUUGUCCAUGUAUUUUUAUUCCAAGAACUGAUUUGGUUAUAUCUUGAACUCAUCUCUAUAUCCUUGAACUCAUGAAUACAACGAAUUUCUUUUGUUUUAAUUUUAUUUAUUAUUAUUUAAGACUUAAUAUAAAAUACCCAUUUUCUAUUUUAGUUUCAUUUAUAUAGCCAAUGAAAUUAUUAUAAAAUUUUAAUUACGAAAUUAUAGAGAAAUGGUAAUAAUUGUUAAAAUAAUUGAUUGUUUGUUAACUGAGAACUAAUAUGAAAGUAUUUUGAGAAUAAAGCGAUUCGUCAUUUGGUGUUACAAUGCUUGUAAUCAUAUCGGUGAGUUAAAAUUAGGCGAUUAUGAUGAGAAAUAAACAUUUCGUCUGUA